CAUCUGAUCGUUGCGCCUUCCUGAAUCAUUGCAUGUUGGUAACCAGAGUCCUCAGUUUCCCCACAGGGUGGCGCUGUCUCACAGUGGCAGUGCAGACCCCAUAUCCCACGUGCAAUGCUCUGUCAGAUGACAACCACAUCGUCAGCCAGUGGCAAGAGGUGCUGCCUGGAGAGUUUGAAGCUCGAGAAAAACUCAGGCAUAGACAUACUCACGAGCUGAAGCUGCUCCUGGUGCGGGUGGGGGGCUGGGAGCAAGUCAAACUCGUGUCCGUGGACAAAGUGGUCAUGUUCUAUCGCUACACCACCCCGACCGCAAUAACCCUUCUUACACGGUGUGCUGCCGGAGAACUUCCCUGUGUGUAAGGAGCUGCUUAUUCCCCCUGGUACCCAGAACUAUGUGGUGCUAUACAACGCCAACAAACGCUUGUUCUGUCUCACCAUCCACAUCAUCACAGGAGGUGCUCAAGAUCCUCAUCUUAGCGCCUUAUUGGCUCUUCCACAAGACUGGUACUUACUCUAUCCCUCCUUGCAGGCAGAACACGCACACAUACACCCCGAAAAAACAUAUACAUGCAUUCAUCUGCACAGUCCCACACACACUCACAGUGAAUGGAAUUACAAAUAUACAGUACCAGUCAAA